AUGGCCGAAAUACCAAAGGCACGAAAUCUGACCGCGCCUACACCGCAGAACACGCCUGCAUCAAAUGCGCCCAUUUCCUCACACGCCGCUGCUCCUAACGUGAGCUCUAUCGCCGAAGAGGAUCUCGAGCGUGUUUCCGCUGCCUCAAUACUUGCAAACAACCCCGCUCUUGUCUCCAUGAUGCAGCAAAAGCUCGGGUCUCUUGUCGGCCGAUCUUCAGGAUACGUCGAAUCCUUGCCAGCUCCCGUCCGCCGUCGUGUUACGGGAUUGAAGGGCAUCCAAAAGGACCACGCCAAGUUGGAGUCAGAAUUCCAAGAAGAGGUCCUCCAGCUUGAGAAGAAAUACUUUGCCAAAUUCACUCCACUCUACGAGAAGCGCGCCGCCAUUGUCAACGGCGAAGUGGAGCCCACUGAUCAAGAAGUCGAAGCUGGCAAAGCCGAGGAGGAAGAAGAACCCGAAGAAGAUUCAGACAAGGAGGAGAAGACGGCUGCAGAGGACAUGAAGGGCAUCCCAGAGUUCUGGCUCUCGGCCAUGAAGAACCAGAUUUCGCUUGCCGAGCUGAUCACGGACCGCGACGAAGAAGCCCUCCGCUCCUUGACCGACAUCCGCAUGGAAUACCUCGAUCGCCCAGGAUUCCGCUUGAUCUUCGAGUUUGCCCCCAAUGAUUUCUUCACCAACAAGACCAUUUCAAAAACAUACUAUUACCAAGAAGAGAGUGGUUACGGUGGCGACUUCAUCUAUGAUCACGCCGAGGGCGACAACAUCGACUGGAAAGCGGGCAAGGAUCUUACUGUCCGUGUUGAGAGCAAGAAGCAACGAAACAAGACCACCAAGCAGACCCGAGUGAUCAAGAAGACCGUCCCCACAGAGUCAUUCUUCAACUUUUUCUCGCCACCUGCUGCCCCAGGGGAAGGAGACGAGGUUGCUUCAGACAUCGAAGAACGACUCGAGCUUGAUUAUCAACUGGGCGAAGACAUCAAAGAGAAAUUAAUUCCUCGUGCCAUCGAUUGGUUCACGGGUGAGGCAUUGGCCUACGAGGAAUUCGAGGAUGCCGAAGACGCCGAGUUCGACGAUGAGGACGAUGAGGAUGACGAGGAUGAGGAAGAAGCCGAGUCUGACGAAGACGACGAGGAAGAAGGGGGAAAGCCUCGGUCCCAACAAACUUCAGAAUGUAAGAACCAGUAA